GGCGUCGGUGGGUGGAUAUUGAGCGACGCCGGGCGUCGUGGCGCACCGUGCGGAUCAGUCGCCCUCCAGCUACCGCCCUAGAUACGAGUUCAGCCACUUCCGGCCCUCCUCUUUGCUCGUCGGACGUGCCUCUUGCCGACUUCUGUGUUCCCUCCUUUCCUUUUUCUGCUGCUGGCCGCAUAAGCUUUCAGUUUCUCGUCGGUUGCGUGUUUUCGCGUAUAGAAGAAAGCAAUAACACACUAGAAACAUGCUGAUCGAUCUCGUGCGCGACUCAGUGCUGCAGUGCUUCUGUCACAGCUGCAAAGCACCUCUGGGCAUAGGAAGUAGAAGGGGCAACGCGCCCUUCAAGAAGCCCAGCGGCAAAGGAAAGCCGCGGACUAAGCAGCCGAAGAAAGUGAAGUUCAUCACGACCGAAAUUCGAUGCCAAGAGAAAUCUAAGGGUGGCCUCUGCUACGAGGUAAUUUUGGCGGAGCCAACAGUUCCUAAGAGGGCACCGUCACCGCCACAGACAAGUCCGACUCAACAAGUCGCUAUCGAGGACAAGCUUAGAGCGGCGGAGGAGAGAAGACUUUCUUUGGAAGCUCAUAAGCUCGCCGCUCUUGCUGCUAAGCUUAGCAAAAUCGAAGAGGCCGCUCGCAAGAAGGAUGAACUCAGCUCUGCUUUCAUCACCGCGACCCGCGAAUCACUGGACGCAAAGAUGAACAACACCGAGGAGAAGCGAGAGGCACAUAUCGCUGAACUGAAGAACAAGCUGAAAGAACACUUAGAAAGUGUAGAGAAGACUCGCUUGAGCCUCGAACUUCAGACCGAGGAGAUUCGUUGUGCCGUUGAAGAGAAGCUGAAGACCGCUGCUGCUCAACGCGAUGAGAAUAUGAAGAGGAUGUUGGACCGUCUCAAGGAACAUGAAGAGCAAGCUGCUCGCAUACGUCAAGCAAUAUCCGAACGCGUGCAACAGCUCGAGACCCAGAUUCAAGGCAAGUUGGACCAAGCCCGCGAACGCCGUGAGAACAUCGAACGCGAACAGAAGGAGAAACUGCGCAAUCAUAACACUGUGAAGAUAGCAAAAGUGCGUCAGACAGCGGAUGAGUGCGUCACGAGAGAAAUUAUGGUGAAAAAGUUCGAAUUUGACAAGAGGGUUUCUACUGCGGAGCAGAACAGACAGCGAGAGAUUCAACGUCGUGUGCAGGCUAUUCGCCAAUAUGAAAGGCGCGCCGAAAUUGUGAGACAGAACAAAGCAGCUCUGUCCGAACUAUCUGGUGUGCCAGCUGAAGAGGAGACUGCCAGCUCUGGGUAAACGGAAGAUCGUUCUCGAUCGUAAUCCUCGUUAAAAUAUCUUUUCAUCGUUGCAAAAUCGAGGAAAGAGGAGAGCGGGAUAUGGCUAUCGGCUUGCAGUGUCACUCGCUGAAUAGAUCAUCGGAGUUACGUGUUUAAAUUUCGGAAUAAACUAAGGAGUCACGCUCGCUGUGCUUGACGUGACUCUGUUACGCUUUGUGCCAUUUUCGUUCGCUGGAAGACAAAUUUUUAAAGAACUCGCAAGCGAUUAUAGUAGCUGGAGAGAUUUUCAAUUUUAACGAUAUUAUUUUACUACAGUUGUUGAGAGACAAACUAAACAUUCGAUUAGACGAAAAGUAUUCACAAGUAACUCGAGGAGACGUUCGUGACGAACGAUUAAAUUGUUUUUACUUUUUUUUUUUUUAUCUCCAACUUUGUACUUGUGCAAAAUCACUGCCUUCAUCUAACUACACACUAAAAAUACAAAAAAAAAAAAAAAAUACACGAAGAUACGCGUACUAAUCUGAGUUUAGAAUACAUGUACAAUAUUAUUUUUUCAGUUCUAACGUGCCUACCACUAACACGAUUGUAGAUCUUCUACGAGAUGGCAUUAAAAAAAUAAUAACUUCUCUACGUUUGUGAAUGAUUGUGUAUGUUAGAAUAACUAAUAUUUUAUAAAUUUUUAUAACUCGCUUGUUUUCAUAUUUACUUUUUUUUAUACAGUGAUUAUAAUGUUAUUAUUGCCUUUGUACUUUAUCGAAGAGUCAUUUAUUCGAGUUUUAAAAUUGAAAAAAAGGAUCAUAACGAUCAUCGAAGUCGAGAGUUUUAACGUUUCAUUACUAUUUCCGAUGUUUCUCUGAAGCUUCGUCUUUUAUUUUCCUAGGUUUUCGGUGUUCCGUUCGUUAAAUGUUUGCUAUCAUUUAUAGGAUAAUAAUAGAAUACUACCGCUACAAUUAGAUCGUAAGUGGUAAUUGCGACCAUAUGUCAGUGCACAUACCAUACGUAAUAAACGAUUAUACGUGCAUGGUAUGCGUCGACAUAUAAGCACACUUAUAAUAUAUAUGAUAGUGCUUUAUACUAGGCUUGAAAACUUUAAAACCAUUUUGUACUCGAUCAUUGUAAUAUUACUGCGCUAACUGAACAAAAACAUUCACAAGAUAUGUAGUCUAAUUGAAUAUGAUAAUAUGAUGCUUCUGUGAUGACUUAAUUAUUUGUCAAAAUGUGUAGUGUUUAAGUGAAAGAAUGAGAGGGAGAGAGAGAGAGAGAGAAAGAGACAUUUAAUUCCUCUACGCUCGUAUGGAUACCGUGGCUAGGGGCCUUAAUUUUGUUCAUACUAUAUAUCAUCGCUGGAAGUACUGAUUUCUAAUGUAAUAACCGUAACCGGGGCAAAGUUUUCGUCGAGAUUUCCCUUCACUUAAUGAACAUAGGCAGCUGAUGGUUCCUCGGUCUUCUUAGAUACUCGUAUAUAUCGUGGGAUACCAAAAACGGAAGGAAACUUUUAGCUCUGGUCACGGUAUCGUCACAAAACAAAGGGUUAUAGAAAGACCAUGUCGCAGUGAUAUUGCAACCUACGAUACCCUACAUUCUAGAUAUUGAUACUAUACAGAAAAUUUUUACAAAAGGCUAAUCGCUGAAGUGUUAACGUGAGAUAAAUAAAAAUUAAUAAAGUGAAAAGGAGUUCGAAACGGAAGCAAUUUGAACUCGUACGUUGACGAAUACGCAACUUGUAACCUAUAUUGCCGAAUGUUGCGAUUGAUUCGCCACGUGUUGCAACGUUGUGAAGAAAGUCGGAUGGUUUCGCAUUUUCUUACGGUUACAAUAGGUGACGGAUAACGUCUAUUUUUGCAUAAUUGUUGUGAUCUUUUGCAAAUGGUAUCUCGUACAAUUAUAAUAUAGAUGCCCGACGUAUGUAUGUUAUGAUUGUCCUUUUCGACUUACGUUAUGAUAUAUAAAUAUAUAUAGAUUUCUAUGCGAUGGUAUAUAUAAUACAUAUAUGAUAUGAUCAAUACAAUGUACGUAUGGUUUAUUGUGGGCUUUGGUAUUAUCUUAUAGUAGACGGAAGCAAAUCGUCACGUAAGGAACUUAUCGCAAAAAUAAAUUCUUAAUCGAACGAACGAGUAAUCGUGAGAAAGCAAUUUCUCGACGAUACAUUGGCUGCCUUCUAUAUUCUUCGUUUAAUUUUUAUUUGGGACAAUGUGUGCUCAAAAAAAGGAACAUGAUCGUGUGAAGUAAAAGGUCGUACCUACACGCA